CCGAGCCCUUGUUCUUCUUCUUUUUCCUCCUCUUCUUCCUCUGCUACUGGCUCAGCACGUCUUCUUAACAAGCUCGCUGCUGGAAUCUCCUCGAGAAGACACGGACUCGAGAGGAUCAAGACUGUGAUAUUGUCUGAACAACCAAAAGAAGCCGAGAUUGAAGAAGAAGAGAAGAUGGUGAUAAGCAUGGGAGAGGAUGAAAUGAUUGCUUGUUUCAUGGAUAUUGAUGAAAAGCUGAAUAUUCGUGAACUGCCUUGUGAUCAUGACUCUGCUGCUACCACUACGACGUCGCCGCCUGGCUUCGUGGCUUUUGAUGACUACUCAUCAACAAUGGAUCCAUACGCUCUGUACGAGUCUGAUUUCUAUGAUGAGACUCAACAGCUUGACCUGUUCCUCCUUUGAAUCACA